AAUCGAGAUUGGCAGCAGGGAGCAGCUGGGUUCCAUGCCUCCUCAGCAAACUCAGAUACCAAGGCCCGAUCUUGAUAAGUAUCUCAAGAAAAAAGUCUGCUUCAUGAUUCAUCCUACUUAGGUUCUCACCCAUUUUCAUAUUUCAAUAAUCGAAAUCAACAACCUAUUUCAUUGUUUAGCUUUUGCUCAACAAGCGUCCUGCUUUACAGGUCUUCCCCAAUAAAACCCUAAUCUUGGGAUUAAUAAAGAAUCUAAGUAAUCAAGAAAAAAGAAAUACAAACAAAAUCUUUCUUGCUGAUUAAGUCUCUUUAGACUUUAAGGUCCAUUAAAACCUGGUUUCUUUUUCAUGGGUGUCACAUCACAAUGUUGGUGAUGUCGAAAUGACAGUGAUUUCCUUCAUUAUUUCAACUCCAUUCGGACCCAAUCUAAGAAGCAUUUAUUAUGAAAACCCCAUUCUUUACAGAUGAACUAUGCUUCUUUUUUAAUCUUGCUUUUCAAUAAUUGCAUCAUGUGGUUGUUCAUAAAUCGUCUUUUUCAAUAACAAGAUUAAGUUUUACAAGUAAACCCUGGUUGUAUAAUCAGAACCCAUUUCCCCAAAUUGCUUCUUUUGUAAAGAAAUAGUCAGCAUGGUGUUGAGUGUGGACAAAGAGACACAUCAAGUAAGCCACACUGUAAAGCCACACAUUAAUUCUAUAUGGGUCUUUCUGUUAGUAAUACCUAAAGCUCGACACACAUAAGUGAAUUUCCAUUUUUCCAAAGAUGGCGUAAGUGUAAGUGUAUUAUAUACUCAUACAAAUAUAUGUACGCUUUUUCUUUCUUUUUGGUAAAUAAUAUGGACAAAAAAACAACUAGGAUUUUAAAGCUUUUGCCUCCUGUUGGCCUAACUUGUGCCCCAUUUGAGCGAAAAGUUGGGAAAAGUGGGGUUCCAUGUUUCUGCCUUUACUGAAACCAAGGGAACAAAUUAUUUGUUCUUUUUCCCCAUACUGACCACUUACAAACUUGCAUUAUGAAUGAUCUUUUUAACUGAAUUGAAGUCAUCCACAUGUUUUAAGUCUUUAGCAUCUGCUUUUGCUGAUUAAUAUAUAUCAGAGUUCUGAAACUCAACCACAUCAUCAAGAUCUUGCUGUUUUGAUCUCCACCGGUUCAUGUUCCAAUUCAACACAGACUUGUUCAUCUUUGAUUCUUGAGUAACCAAAUCAUUGCCAUGAAUGAGAAGGGGAUCACAGGAUCAUGUAUGAUUAUAGGUUUGCUUAUGUGGAGAAUUCAGCGAGAAGAACAAGUGAAAACCGAUAAGUUUGAACUUCUAAAUAAGCUCAAGAAUGCAGAAACAGAGAUCAAAGAGUUAAAAAGAAGGCGAGUUGAAGAUGCAAAAGCCAAUGAGAAAGUUGUCAGCAUGUUUGCAGCACAUGAGCAGCGCUGGUUAAUGGAAAGAAAGAAACUUACACAGCAAAUUCGAGCUCUUUUGCAUGAAUUAAGAGUUAUCAAUACAAAAACUAAAGAAAAUGUAUCCGGAUUAUGUGGUCAGCUUGAAGAAAAAGAAAAGUUGUUGGAGGAAGAAAAGGAUAAGAGGAGAGAGCAAGAGGAAAGUGUAAAAAAGGCUGAGAAAAUAAACGAGGAGUUGAGAGAAACAUUGAAACGUGAAGCUCAAGAGCAUUCGAAAGAGAUUUGGAAGCAUAAAAGUGCGUUUAUUGAGCUUGUAUCAACACAAAGACAGCUUGAAGCAGAGAUGGGUAGAGCUGUUAGACAGAUGGAAGCAGAAAAACAAGAAGUUAAUGGAGUUUUAGAGCAAAAGGAACAGUAUGUGUUGAUGACACAAAAGCUGUCAAUGGAACUUAUCAAAACCCGCAAAGAUUUGGAGCAAAAAGACAAGAUUUUGUCGGCUAUGCUGAGGAAAUCAAAACUGGAUACAGCUGAGAAGAAAAUGUUACUGAAAGAGGUCAAAAUGUCAAAGUCAAAGACAGUGCCUGAGUCAAGACACGAGAGAUAUUCACUGAGAAGUAUGCUUUCUAGACACCACAAAUCCAAACCGGAGCAAUUAGAGUUGAAGGACGAUCAAUGCUCUGCUUCUCCAUUUUCUCAACAAUCCAUCAUCACAGAGGGAAGCCAAGAAUUCGCAAAUAUUGGGCAAUUGGAAGGAUGGGUUCAAUGUGAAACUGAGAAAUACAUAAGUGUUGUUGAGCAAAGGCAUGAGGUUGAGGUAAAUGCUUUUGCAGAACAAUUGAGAUUGAAAGAUGAGAAAUUAGAAGCUUUUCGUUGGCAUUCAAUGAGCAUGGAUAUCGAGAUGAAACGACUUCAUUCCCAUAUUGAAGGACUUGAUCAUGAUCUAACAAACCUUAAACAACAAAACCAUAAACUUGAAUCUUUAUUGUUCAACCGUGAAUCAGAAUUGCAUGCCUUGAAAUCAGAAUUACAACUCAACACUCCAAAACCCCAGAAAGAAAAAGAUGAACAAGUUCCUUCCAAAGCAAUGGUGCUGGCAGUUCAAUCUCCAGAUAAGGAAUUUGAAGAUAAGAAAGAUUUAGUUUCUGUUGGAGAAGAAUGUUCAAGGAAAAAAGAUAUUGUCAGUGGUGAAAACAUAUCAUCAUCAUCAUCAUCAUGGAAGAUGGAUCUUCAUGCUCUCGGGGUGUUGUACAAGAUCAAGAGGCUAAAACAACAGCUUGUCAUGUUUGAGAGAUUGACUGGAAAGCAAGAAAGUUGUGAAAAUAGGGAAUAUGAUGAUAAAAGGAAGCUGUAUAGCCUGGUGUCUGUAGUCAGUAAACAAGUUAGCAGAUAUCAGUCUCUCCAAGAGAAGGCUAACGAUAUCUGCAAGCGAAUGUAUGAGAAUGAUGGGGAUGCAGGCAGUGGAGUGAAGAUGAAGAAAUUGGAGCAUUUUCUUGAAGAGACAUUUCAGCUGCAAAGAUACAUAGUGGCAACAGGACAGAAGUUGAUUGAGAUACAGUCCAAGAUUGCUUCUGGUUUUGUUGGAGGUGUGAAUGAUGGAUUUGACAUGAAGAAAUUUGGUGAUUGUGUACGAAGCCUUUUCAGAGAAGUCCAAAGAGGUCUUGAAGUUAGAAUAUCAAGAAUCAUAGGAGACCUUGAAGCCCCUCUUGCUUGGGAUGGAAUCAUACAUCAUCCUACAACUUAACUUAACUUAACUUAACUUAUAUACCUCUUUCUUUAGGUUUAUCUUUUUCGCAUAUAAUCUGUUGUAUAGGAACAUAGCCAAAUGUGUAUACGAAAAUAAACAAACUUUUGUCCCUUUUAUUACAUAAAGAUUCCAGCAGCAUGCAGCUCGCCCUUGCUGAGUUGGCAA